AUGGGCCACCUUAUUUACCUCUCGGGAAGAAGGCGACGCGCACCAAUUUCUACUUCAAUCAUCAAAGCUACAACAUCGUGCAAAACUAAAGCAUACGGGGAUGCAGGGAAAAAUGACUUUGCACACGUCGUUGCACUCGAGCCUCGAGUUGUUAAUUGGAACCUCGUUACCAAGGGUGAAACUAAUGACGAGAAGAGGCUGAAUGCUACUUACAUAAUCAGCGUUGCAAGAAAGCUCGGGUGUUCCAUUUUCUUGUUACCCGAGGACAUUAUGCAGGUGAACCAGAAAAUGAUCCUUUCUUUUACAAACAUGCUUAUAUUGCAUGAUAAAAAAGAAUAUCGUAUAAAUGGGUGA